AUGACGUCUUCUGUGUUUGGAGCCGCUCCGAAAUUUGGUGGUCCACCAGUGUUCGGAGGAAAACCAGUGUUCGGAUCCCCCACACAAGCUUCAACGGCUUUCGGGGGUGGAGCUGCGACUGGUGGAGGAUUUUCAGCGUUCUCUGGUAAUAAAAAUCUGUUCGGAGGAGUAUCUCCUAGCGGUGGUAGCUCUCUGUUCGGAGGUGGAAUGUCUAGUCAGACGCAACAGAAGACGAGCUCAUUGUUUGGAGGAGGGCAGCAGGCUAGGUGA